AUGUUUCCAACAUUGUGGCAGAUGGCAAGAAGUACGUUGUAUUUGAUCACAGAACUGGACCGAGAUCCUGUUGCAAUUCUCCAUCAAGACCUAGUCACCGGGUUCCACGUCAACAUCGACCGUGGACGAGAUUCAUUCGACGAGAGCACAAACUCACGUAUACUCCCUUCCAGCUAUACCGGCUACCUCGCCGACUCCUAUCCCUACAUGAGCGACCCGCCCAAGAGCGUCGGCUGGGCCACAACAGCCACCGACCUGGGCUUCGAGGACGGCACCGAAUACCAAUCCGCCAACAUCAUCUGCCACCGAGACGGUAAAAACGCCGCUCUCUCAGCCCCCGUGACGGCCGGCUCCAAGGUCGAAAUCCAAUGGACCCCGUGGCCGGACAGCCACCACGGUCCCGUCAUUACAUACCUCGCAUCUUGCGGCGGAGACUGCAGCACCGUCGACAAGACCACCUUGAAGUUCUUCAAGAUCGACGAGGCAGGUCUGAUCAACGAUGCGAAUCCCCCGGGUACUUGGGCCACCGACCAGCUGAUUGCGGCUGGGAACCGGUGGACGGUGACCAUCCCGAAGAGUAUUGCGUCGGGCAACUAUGUGAUGCGUCACGAGAUUAUCGGACUGCAUUCGGCUGGGUCCAAGGAUGGAGCGCAGAAUUACCCUCAGUGCCUCAAUUUGCAGGUCACUGGCGGUGGAGGUGCUGAGCCGCAGGGUACUUUGGGUGAGGCACUGUACCAGGAGACCGACCCCGGUAUCUUGAUUAGCAUCUAUUCUUCGUUGAAGAACUAUGUGAUUCCUGGUCCGGCUUUGUACAGCGCCUGA